AUGAUUGGGAUACAAAGACAUAAGAAAAAUAGGAAGCGGGAGAUACAGGGAGGACGGGGGAUGAAGGCAAGAGAGAAGGGGACAAUACUUCAAUGUCGAUGGCAUGUCACAUCUGUUACAAUGGCACAAACAGAACAAUUCAACCCGUCCAAAAUGCAUUUGGAACUCAUAGUUUACGAAAAAGGUCAACUGUCACAAAAGAAUCACGUACACACAUACAUACACAUACGCAAACACACACACACACAUACACGUACACUCACACCCACAUGCAAUCACACGCCCACGCACACACGUAUAGGUACACCUCACGCACACACUUGUACGCACACCCCACGCACAGACAUACAUGCGUCUGUCUAUCCAUACAUGCAUACGCAUAUCCACGCAACGCACAUGUACGUACAUCCACAUAUACGUACACCAUAUAUACGUACAUAUAUGUAUAUGUACGCACAUAUAUGUAUGGUGUACGUACACACAUAUAAGUACACCCAUACACCCACAUAUCUACUACCCACGCAUAUACAUACGUACACCCGUGCAGACACAUAUACGUACACCCACGUGCACAUAUACACGUCUGCUUAUACGUAA